AUGCCGCGGCAGAUUUUGCUGCCUCGGCGUUCUUGCGUACAGACGACGAUCGUGAGAAGCGCGAUGAUGGUCCUACCGUCGUUUACGUGUACGUCGUUCGCACCGUUCUCAUCAUCAUCAUCCUUGAACAACAACAACAACAACGUUGAAAAAAAAUUCGAAUUUCCAAUCGCCGUCGGCAAAACCUUACGCGUGAUGGAUUUACACGGAGGGAAGAAAAUAGUGGUUCGAAAUGUAGACCCCGGCGACGAACGCGUGGAGAUUUCUUCUUUUUUGUCUUCUUCUUUAUCUUCUUCAUCUUCGUCGAGCAGAAAUGAAGGCGGUGGGAGUGGUGGGCGAUUACGACUAAAGGCGGAAAAGCUCGAGAACGGAGACGUGUACGCAUACACCGUCUCAGACAUCGAAGGAGAAGACGAAGACAACAACAAUAACAACAAUAACAACGAGGUGUGUGUCAUCGAGUGCAAAAUUCCACCUCGAUUUGUAUCCUUAGACGUGCUGAUGGGGAAGAAGAGUUCGUUGACGGUGAACGCGAAUAUCGCCGAGGCGAGCGUGGACGUGACGGUGGUGGACGAGGACGACGACAAAACCGACGAGGAUGGAACGGACGAUGCGCCAUUGGCAUCAUCAUCAUCGCCGCCGGCAUGCGUGCAAUUCUUAAAGAGCGUCAAAGGUGCGUACGUGAACGUGGAAACGUUAAACGGUGAUGUCUUAUGCGAAACGAUACAAGCGAACGCGUCGAUUAAAACGAACGGCGGCGACGUGAUUGCCAAGAGAGUGGUAGCGAACGAUUUGCGAAUAGACGCCGGAACGGGUGGUAACAUUCACAUUGAUUCCGUUUUCGUGCACGAUUGCGAGUUGCACACGAAGAAAGGCGAGAUACGCUCGAAGAAGAAUUUUCGCGCGAGUGGGAAUACCAAAUGCAUCACGAACGGUGGUGACAUAUCGUUAGAAAACGUGGAAUGCGGGGACGAAGACGCGGAAGUGACGAUUGACGCGCGAAGUCAAGGAAGCGAUAAUGGUGGUGAUAUAUCCAUACAUUUCGCCCCGAGAGUCACGAACGUUCAAGUAUACACGAACAACGAAGGUUCGAUCAACGCGCGAGUCCCGAGUGGGUUCCCAGCGUUCGUCCUUCGACGAGAAGAAAACCAACCGGACGAAGUCAUCGUUCCCGAGACGAAUAAAAAAGAAGCAAAUCGCCGGUCUUUCAAAAGCUUCGGCGAAACAACCACGACAAAAGAACUUUCCCAAGACGACAAAAAUACUAAAGCCGUCUCUUCAUUCGGUGCUCGAAUAGUCCACGACACCGACGACGUGCUCGCGCGUAAAAUGCGCGCAGAAUACGAGUCGAAAUCCAGCGUCGUCUUCUCGCUCGGCUCCUCCGCUUCGACGAAAUCAAAGAAACGUGUAUCGCUCGUCGAAACGUCUUGGUUGGAUGAAGUUUUGUUCAAACAAUAA